AAUCCCACUAAAAACGGUUCUAUGUCAUGUUUUAGUUGACAGGUGGAGCGAAAUAUCCUUACAGUUUACAUCAGGUGGAUAAAACAGCUGUCCUUUGACGUGGGUAGGUGCUAAGUUAGCAACCGAGAGGCUAACGAAACGUCAGGAGGAGAGCGUUGUGACUUGGAGGAAGGAAACUUGAUCAGUGGGAUCACUGCGUCCCGGUGCUUAUGCAAAGCCAGCAAACGUGUGGAUUCCUUACCUCGUUUAGAAAUGGCGACUAAAUCUGACUAUCCUGUUUGACGUGUUUGCUUCAAUCGGUUUAUCAGAAAUGUUAGUGAGCUAGGUUUUAGCAGCACGUCCUGCGGCUAGUUGUGGUUGGGAGCUAGCCCAUUAGCAACAAACUUCUGAAGUUGUGUUCCUAUUUAUCUGUUUGCCAGACCAGAUUGAUUUUCUUUCCGAACGAACCCACUCUGACCCGUUUUAGCACCGGGGUGACUGCUGAAUGAGCUCAUGGCAUCGGAUGUAAUCGAGAAUGAAGCGAACUUUAAGGGUGUAAGUGAUACAAGUUUGAACAAUAGGAGCAUAGACACUGUCACACCCAGCAGGACUCAUGGGGAGUCUGGAAUCAGAUCCAGUCCCUCAUCUUCCGGAGUGCCGGGGGAAGGUGAUGAAGAGGAUUUAAACGCAUUUCAGAUUAGCGCAGCUUCUGCUGUUGAAAAUGGCGAAGAGGCAUUUCAGGGAAGUCUGACUAAAACAAGAGGCUCGCCCCGGGGACAGACGACUCCAGACAAAGUCCCGAAGCCGCCAGGAGGAAAAGACUCUACCCCUGUUGGCCUUUCUCCGCCUGGACUCACUGGAAGCCUGGAGCGCCAGGAGUUGGUCAGGACCACGGAAGCUCGUUUACGAAUGGAAGGAGUCGAGCUGAAGGAAGAGUGGCAGGACGAAGAUUUUCCACGGCCCCUCCCAGAGGAGGAAGAGCUUGAAGAGGAGCUGUUUGGAACUUCUGAGGAAGUCGACCCUGGCUUUGCAACAAACCACAGCAAGAAGGCAAAGAAAAAACUCAGUGCUCCAGACAUCAGCCUGACUCUUGACCGCAGCGAUGGCUCCAUCCUCUCUGAUGAGCUGGAGGAAAGCACAGAGUUGGAUCUGGAUGCCAUCGACACGCCGUCAGACAACAGCAAUGAGUUUGAAUGGGAAGAUGAUCUUCCCAAGCCCAAAAGCACAGAAGUGCUACAGAAAGGUGUGGAGACGGUCCAGGAGUUAUCCGCAUCAGAGGAGCGGGAAGAAGGUCGACGGUGGAGGAUUUUCCAUUUUGGAGAUCAGGACCACAGAGUGGAUAUGAAGGCUAUUGAGCCCUACAAGAGAGUAAUCAGUCACGGGGGUUACUAUGGCGAUGGUUUGAAUGCUAUAAUUGUGUUUGCCGUGUGCUUCAUGCCUGAGAGCAACCAACCUAAUUACAGAUACAUCAUGGACAAUUUAUUCAAAUACGUCAUUGGCACUCUGGAGCUGCUGGUGGCUGAGAAUUAUAUGAUUGUUUAUUUAAACGGGGCGACUUCUCGUAAGAAGAUGCCGACGGUCGGCUGGCUCCGAAAGUGUUAUCAGCAGAUCGAUAGGAGGUUACGGAAGAACUUGAAGUCGUUGAUAAUCGUGCACCCUUCUUGGUUUAUUCGGACCCUGCUGGCUCUCACAAAACCUUUCAUAAGCUCCAAGUUUAGCCAGAAAAUCCAGUUUGUGUUUAGCCUGACGGACCUCGCUGAGCUCGUUCCAAUGGAGUAUGUGUCCAUACCAGAUUGUAUCAAACAGUUUGAUGCUGAAAAACAUAGGAAAAGCCAUGAAAGAAUCGACCGGGAUGUGCACAGGAAGGUGGAAGUCGCUGCUGUUGCUGUUCCAGAGUGACGCCCCUCAACGCCUGCAGGAUGAGGAUGCUGAACGUUUUAAAACUCCUGUCGCCCGUUUGCUCUGGAAAGUGCCUUUUUGAAUCAAUGCUGGCUGUUUCAUCAUCAACCUUUUAAAUGUAUAUGUUUUGCAAGUCGUUUAACCUUUAGCGUUGUGUCCUCAUGCUGUCUACAAUGUAUUUAGUCUGUUAUUUUAUUCAGUUCUGUAUUAUGGCUGACUCGACCUUUAGGUGUUCCUUUUUCACGGUGGUAUCUACACUUAUUUAACACACCCUGUUACAAGUGGGUGGUGCAUGUUCAGCUUUAUUACAUUUAAAUAUAUAUUUAUAUUCAUAAGGGGACAAAGGAGAAAAAUUAAUAUAUUUUUAUGCUCUGAUUUUUAAACUGCAUUUUAAGUGUUUGUCUCACUAAGUAGCAUUUAGUCUUGACAGCACUUUUUUCACUCAUGAUGUUGUCUGUUAACAUCUGGAGGAGACAAGAGUAGUUUUUGCCCCAGUUUUGGAUUUGCUCUUGUGAAUGUUGAUGAGGUAGCAGUCUGAAACAAAAAUGUACUUCUUGUCAUUAUUUCUUACAAGUAAAGCCAUGGAUUCACACGUC